CCUGAUGUUGCAGAAAUGAUUGAAGAAUAUGAUAAUUAUCUUGGACCUGGUAGUGUAUUGGAAAUAUUGUCAGAUGUGCCAAUGGAUGACAGAAACAGGGCAAGCAGCCUUGCUGGUCAAGGCAAGCUCAAGAAUGUCCGGGUUUCCCAUAAGAUUGGGAACCCCAUGGACUAUGAUGUCUUAAAGGAAACCAUUAGUAAUAUUCAAAAAUCUUUGAAGAAUGAAGAUAUUCCCUUGUCAAUCGUUGUAAUAUCUGAUAGAGAAUGGCUGCUUGGAGAUCCAUCGAGGGCAGACAAACAUUCCGCAUAUUCCCUUCUACUUGCUGAAAAUAUUUGCAACAAACUUGAAGUGAAGUUGGGCAAUCAUUGCAUCAAAAUUCAAGGAUAAAUCAACCAGGCAAUGUAGAACAAGAUGGUACACUUACUUGAAUUCUGAUUUCAAGAAAGGGGGUGGUCUCCAGAGGAAGACUUGCUCUUAUGUGAGAUAAUGCCAAGUGUAUUUCAAAAUUAGAUAAUUAUUUCUCCAUUAUUGUCUGUGGGAAUUUGAUAUCUUAAGAUCCACUGCAGGCUCGAAAAGUAUUUGGUAACAGAUGGACUGAAAUAGCCAAAGUGGUCUCAGGGAGAAUUGAUAAUGCUGUGAAGAAUUGAUUUUCCAGUGUGUAAGAAGAGGGCAAAAUAUGAAGCCUUAGUGAAAGAGAAUAAUAACACUUCAUACAUCAAUCCAAACAACAAAAGGGUUAUCUUUCGAGAAGUUGUAGCAUUAAAUUUCCAAGGAUAUAAAUUAGAAUUUUUAUGGUCUUCAAUUUGGCAUUGUAAUUCAAAUUUGAGCCAAUUUGUGUUCUUUUAUAUUAAUUAUUAGUCAAUUCUUAAUC